AAAAAAAAAAAAAAAAAAAAAAACAGCCCCAAAGAAAAACAAAUCUCCUGAGAAGCAAAUGGCAGACCAGCAAACAGUGGAUACUCCAUCGACGGGGACCCUGCAAUCGCCGCCGCAACAACCACCGAAAACUCCGCCAAUUCAGGCGGGGAAGGAUGAAAUGUUACAGUGUGUCACCGCCUUAGAAGCUGCUCUUCUUCCCUGCUUACCCGCUCGUGAACUCCAAGCUAUUGAUCGUUCCCCUCAUCCUUCUCAUCAGAUUGAUGUAGAAAGACAUGCAAGAGACUUCAUGGAGGCUGCUAAAAGGCUUCAAUUGUUUUUUAUCAGUCUGCAACGUGAGGAGCAACCUACCAAGGCUGAAAUGCUUCAGAAGGAAAUUUCUGUCAUGGAAGAAGAGUUGAAGGUCAAAACGGAGCUUAUUAAGAAACAAGAACAGCUUAUUCAAGGAUGGAAGAAAGAGUUGAGAGAGCAACUUGACAAGCACAAGUCAGAGCUGGAGAAAGUUUAAAUUACAGUAGUAGCUUUUCCAUCCUGAUGUAACAUGAUUAGUUAUUACACUAAAAAAAAGGCUAAUUGAAUUUGUAUCUCUUGAA